GAUCUGGGGGCGACUCUGGAGAAACUUCGCAAGCUCGCGCCUGCGAGUGGGCCGCAAAAGCCAUGGAUAUCGGAAGAUACUUGGAACAAAAUAGAGGAACGAAGGAAGGCCAAGGCUAGCGGCGCCGGCAAAGUUACCAAGCUGACAAGGGAGAUCAACAAACUAGUAAAAGCCGACAGAGCCGCAUGGGUACAGAACAAAAUAGAAACGCUGAAACAGGCCGACGCGUGCGGUAAUACAAAAGUAGUUUUCGACACAGUGCGGCAACUGGCGGGUAGAGGCCGGAAGCGGCCGCAGGAGUUGCCAGGCCCGGCCAAGGUCUGGACAGACUUCUGGGGCGACAUUUUCGGCAAGCCGCGACCACAGCCGCCGGACGAAGUCCGGCAAACAAAAACCUGGAAGCGGUGCGAGAGAGAGAUAGAGAGAAACGAGCCCGGGCCAACGUGGUGCGAAGGGCUGGACGCGGUCCCGUCGCGGGAUGAAGUG